AUGGGCAGUUUCCUGAUCGCCCUCGGCGUGUUCACCGCCGUCUGGUCCGUCAUCACCGCCAUUUUCUAUACGAACGCACUCUACACGGAAUCCUUGGGCUAUCUCUCGCUCUUCAUCGAGGCCACCCUCGGCAUGCCGCAGUUGAUCAGGAAUUUCCAGCGCAAGAGCACGACAGGGAUGAGCAUUCCGAUGGUGUUGACCUGGCUGCUGGGAGAUAUCGGCAAGCUCGCCUAUUUCGUGUUGAAGCAGAACCCCAUGCAGUUUGUCAUGUGCGCAUGCUUGCAGAUUUCGGUGGACUGCUUCAUCCUGGGCCAAGUGAUCGUCUACCGGAAGAACAGAGGCACCUCCCUGCCCUACGAGAACAACUCCCCACCACAGUCGAUCGUCGAU